UGUUGUAAUUUUUCGGAUGCGACGACAUCGCUGCGCGCAUGUAUAUAACAAAGUCGCGUGAAAAAUGCUAUUUACCAAUAGUAAAACCGAAUAAAAAUAUAUAAUUAGGUAAAAUAAAUUCUAUUGAAAACGAAAUCGAAACAAAUACCGAAUCAUUUAAUAGAUAAAUCAACGGAAAAUGUGAUUUUAAAAAACUGCAGCUGCAAGUCCCGAUGCCUGGCCAAAGUUAGAGCGAGACAACGCUACCAACUCGAGUGUGUGUGUGCAAUUUGUUGAUAGUAUUUUCUGUUGUUGUUGUAAAAAUGCCUCGCUUGCAGGCGUGCAACAACAACAAAAAGAACUAAAACAAAAAAAAGCUCCGAAUGCCGGCAAAACAAAAACGCGUAAACGGUAAAUUCGAUUGAUGCGAAAAGCGUAAAAUAAGAAAACCGAAAGCAAUAAUCGUUGAAGAAUACACAACAAAAGUGGAGUGAGCAAAAAGUCGCGCGGGUAUAUGUGUGUGCGUCGCGUAACUACGCGUGUGUUUGUGGGUGCAAAGGAUAGGAAUAGAAGGCAAAAACGACGAUUGGCGGAAAUCGAAAGCCAAAAUGUUGUAAACAAAUCAACAGAAAAAACCUGAGCUAUUCAAAUUUACCUCCAAUUGCAAACGACGGUUUCCAGUUCAAUCAGCGAAAAAAUCGAACACAAAAUGGCCCGGAAAACAAACAAAAACAGCAGGACAAUUUGGAAUUGGCUAGUCGGCAGUUAUCUGAUAUUCCAGCUGAUUGGAAGCAGUUUGGCAAGUCAAGCGCUUUCGUUCACCUUGGAGCCCCAGGAUGCCGUCGUACCCGAAGGCCACUCGGUGCUGCUCCAAUGCGCGGGCACUGCAUCCACGGGACGCAGCGGCAAAGGCAAGGCCAGCACGUCCACACCAGUGACAAUCCGGUGGCGUGGACCCGAUGGACAAGACCUGGUCAUCGUGGGUGAUACGCUGCGAACGCAACUGAAGAACGGAUCGCUGUAUAUUAGCUCCGUAGAGGAGAACCGUGGACUGACAGGAGCUUACCAGUGCCUUUUGAGUGCCGAGGGCGUGGGCAGUGUACUCAGUCGUCCGGCACUGGUGGCCAUUGCUCGACAGCCGGAUUUGAAUCAGGAUUUCCUGGAGACCUACCUGCUGCCAGGUCAGACAGCCUAUUUCCGUUGCAUGCUGGGCGAAGCCAACUGGCAGGAAGGCGUCAAGCAUUCGGUGCAGUGGUUCAAAGAUGACUUACCACUGCCCUUGGACAAGCUGCGCAUGGUGGUGCUGCCCAAUGGAGCGCUGGAGAUCGAUGAAGUGGGUCCAUCGGAUCGGGGAGCAUAUCAGUGCAACGUCACCUCAGGCAGUACCUCGCGACUGAGUAGCAAAACUAAUCUUAAUAUCAAGAAACUCACUGAACCCGGAGCCGAAAAUGCAGUGGCUCCAUCGUUCCUCGUGGGACCUUCGCCAAAAACCGUGAGGGAAGGCGAAACCGUCACCCUGGACUGUGUGGCCAAUGGAGUACCAAAGCCGCAGAUCAAGUGGCUGCGAAAUGGCAUGGAUCUGGAUCUUAACGAUCUGGAUUCCCGUUUCUCCAUCAUUGGCACGGGUUCGCUGCAAAUCUCCAGUGCCGAGGACAUCGAUACGGGUAGUUACCAGUGCAGGGCCAGCAAUACAGUAGAUUCUCUAGAUGCCCAGGCUACAGUGCAGGUUCAAGAGCCACCCAAGUUCAUCAAGGCGCCCAAGGAUACGACUGCCCAUGAGAAGGAUGAGCCGGAGCUGAAGUGUGAUAUUUGGGGAAAGCCAAAGCCCGUUAUCAGAUGGCUAAAGAACGGAGAUCUCAUUACUCCCAAUGACUAUAUGCAACUGGUAGAUGGCCACAAUCUGAAGAUCCUUGGCCUGCUCAACUCCGAUGCCGGGAUGUUUCAGUGCGUGGGCACCAAUGCCGCCGGAAGUGUCCAGGCAGCAGCACGCCUUCGAGUGGUUCCUCAAGGAGUGAAAAUCAAAAAAUCAAAACGAAAAUCCCAAGGCCAUGCCACCAAAUCCCUUUUGACCUUUGACAAUCUGACCAAGCGGCGCAAACCCUUUAACUCGGGUGAGCAGCUGCGUACCAAGUCCGGUGGCAGUUUAGCCUUUCCGGACGAGGACGAUGACCUGGACGAAGAAGAAGCUCCGCUUACAACGCGUCUAAGGAUUCCUUCCGGAAAACUACCCAAGUUCGAACAGCCACUCAACGAUCGUAGAUUCAAUAUCCUAAACUCGGGUAGUGUCCUUGAGAAUCAAUCGAAGAGUUACGAGGACGAGAAUGACGAGGACGAUGACGAUGACUAUGACGAUAAUGAUCCGCGAAAGGCGGCUCUUCUGGAGGCCUACAAACAGGGUGAGGACCCACAAAAAAUACUGGACUCCUGGCAGGCGGGCAAAAACAAGAAAUCCCAGCAGCAAAAACAAUCCCCUGCUUCCUUAGAUUCCCCCGAACAGGAUCCAAGUCUACCGCAUGGCAAACCUCUGGACAGCGGACUCCAAGCCAGAUUACCCAGUCAGCCAAGGGAUCUGGUUGCCCAGAUAGUCAAGUCCCGCUUUGUGACCCUCAGCUGGGUGGAACCCCUACAGAAUGCCGGCGAUGUGGUCUACUACACGGUCUACUACAAGAUGAACAACAGCGAGAGGGAACAAAAAAUGGUCACAAAGUCCCAUGACGAUCAACAGGUCAACAUCCAGUCCCUGUUGCCUGGCAAAACCUAUCAAUUCCGCGUGGAGGCCAAUACUAAUUUUGGCAGUGGUGCCUCCUCCGCUCCAUUGGAGGUCAGUACCCAACCGGAGGUGAACAUUGCAGGACCACCACGCAACUUUGAAGGCUAUGCCCGUAGUCACAAUGAGAUUUAUGUAAAAUGGGGAGAGCCAGCGGUGACCAAUGGAGAGAUACUAAAAUAUCGCGUUUACUACUCAGAGAACGACAGAGGAGCUGAUCUUUAUCAUGAUAGUACUUCCUUGGAUGCAGUUCUUACAGAGCUGCAUCCGCACACUGAGUACGUGAUCUCAGUGGUGCCUUUCAAUCGAAAUGGCAUGGGUGACUCCUCGGCAGAGAUUCGUGUGAAGACCUUUUCCUCCACGCCUUCCGAACCUCCCAUUAAUUUGACCCUGGAGGUGACCAGCUCAAGCUCAAUUACCGUCCACUGGGAGCCACCGGCAGAGGAAGAUCGCAACGGACAGAUAACGGGCUACAAGAUUCGCUACCGCAAAUACAAAGAUGCGCCCCAGGUGAAGAGUACACCUGCCAACAUACGUUACUUCGAGUUGAGCAACUUGGAUCGCAAUGCCGAGUAUCAGGUGAAGAUUGCUGCCAUGACGGUGAACGGAUCGGGACCUUUUACGGAAUGGAAUCGUGCCAAUACAUUGGAGAAUGAUCUCGAUGAAACGCAAGUGCCGGGCAAACCAAUUUGGAUCAGCAUUCAUCCGGGAGCCAACAAUAUUGCCCUGCAUUGGGGCCCACCUCAGCAUCCAGAAAUCAAGAUACGCAACUAUGUACUGGGCUGGGGUCGCGGGAUACCAGAUGAGAACACCAUCGAACUGAAGGAGUCAGAGCGCUAUCACAUACUUAAGAAUCUGGAAUCGAAUAUGGAUUAUGUGGUGUCGUUGAGGGCGAGAAAUGUUAAGGGCGACGGUCCACCUAUCUAUGACAAUAUCAAGACACGCGACGAGGAGCCUGUGGAUGCACCUACGCCGCUUGAAGUACCCGUAGGACUGCGAGCCAUAACCAUGUCCAGCUCCUCAAUUGUGGUCUACUGGAUCGAUACGAUGCUAAACAAGAAUCAGCAUGUGACCGACAAUCGCCACUAUACUGUUAGCUAUGGUAUAACCGGAUCGAAUCGUUAUCGCUACCACAACACCACGGAUCUCAAUUGCAUGAUAAAUGACCUGCGACCCAACACGCAAUACGAGUUUGCAGUGAAAGUGGUGAAAGGACGCAGAGAGUCAUCAUGGUCGAUGUCCGUUUUGAAUAGUACGUAUCAGAAUGUACCCGUUACACCGCCGCGAGAGGUUACUGUUCGGUUGGAUGAGCAGAAUCCACCCACUGUCAUCAUCCAGUGGAUCCCGCCAAAGCAUACUAUUGGUCAGAUCACCGGAUACAAUAUUUAUUACACCACGGACACUACGAAGAGAGAUCGCGACUGGUCGGUUGAAGCCUUUGCCGGCGAGGAGACCAUGCUGAUGCUACCAAACCUCAAACCAUAUACCACGUAUUACUUCAAAGUUCAGGCAAGGACCACCAAGGGCAGUAAUAAUGCUCCUUUCUCGGCUCUGGUAUCGUACACAACCAGUGCAGCGGUCAUCAUGCAGGAGGCUGACACCAUAGCCAAGGGAAUCGACAACGAUAUGCUGAUGUACACUAUCUUUGCAGCCACGGCUGUGGUACUUCUAUUCGUGCUGGUGGGCAUCCUUAUGCUAUGCCGUCGUAAGCCACAAUCUUCACCAGAACACACAAAGAAGAGCUACCAAAAGAACAAUGUUGGUGUCCCUAAACCACCUGAUCUAUGGAUACAUCAUGACCAAAUGGAACUCAAAAACAUUGACAAGGGUUUGCACACGGUGACGCCUGUCUGCAGUGAUGGAGCCUCGAGUAGUGGCGCCCUUACUCUGCCGCGAUCAGUGGUGCACAGUGAAUACGAAGUAGAGACACCAGUGCCUGGUCAUAUGACCAAUUCGCUGGACAAGCGAUCUUAUGCGGCAGGAUAUAUGACCACCUCAAUGAAUGGAACCAUGGAGCGACCUCAGUACCCUCGCACUCAAUACAGCCACCAGAAUCGGUCCCACAUGACCAUGGAAGCUGGUCUCUCCCAGCAGAGCCUCACCCAACCGCAGACCAACUCGAUGGCUCAGACUCCAGAGCAUCCUUAUGGCGGCUAUGAUGCCAACUUCUGCAAUGCGGGAAGUGGAGCUGCUGGCAAUGGCUGUGUGUCGACCAUUGAGAGUGCCAAACGUGGUCAUCCUCUGAAGAGUUUCAGUGUCCCAGGACCACCGCCCACAGGCGGAGCAACACCCGUUAACAAACAUACCCCCGCCGUCACAAUACGUCCACAAAACCAAUCGCCCUACAAGAAACCAUCGUUCUCGGCUAACACGCCCAAUCGCUUACAGGGCGGUGGCUCAGUAGUGCACUCAACCGAUGAGAUUCAAAGACUUGCACCCAGCACAUCCACCGAGGAGCUCAACCAGGAAAUGGCCAAUCUGGAGGGUCUAAUGAAGGAUCUGAGCGCCAUAACGGCCAACGAGUUCGAGUGUUAACACUGAAGCCGCCUUAAACAAUGUCCGGCUGGCUGAAAGUAUUAGUCGUCAAACAAUGGAUGUUACUUGUUUUUUAGUUUCUGUUUUUUAUAUUAUUGAUUUAACUCGAAUUUGUGAAUUGCAUUGAACCGACUUGAAUUUGGUUCCCCCAAACCGGAAA